CGGGUUAAAGGCAAAGAGCUCGUCGUCCCGAUAUGUUACGGCACGUGCGCGUACUGGCUCGGGAAAAAAGCGGACGAGUACCACUCGCACAAGUGGACGGUGUACCUUCGAGGCGCGGAGCACGAGGACCUGUCGCACUGCAUCGAGAAGGUCGUGUUCAACCUCCACCCGUCGUUUAAAGAGCCGGUGCGGGUGUUAGAGAAGCCGCCGUACGAGGUCACGGAGACGGGAUGGGGCGAGUUCGAGAUCGGCGUCACCGUGCACUUCGCCUCGGACGCGGGGGAGAAACCGUUAGAGCUCUCCGCGCCUCUGAAGCUGUAUUUAGAAGACACGGAGAAGGGCAAGGCGGAGAGCAAGGCGGCGAAGAAGCCGGUGGUGAAGGAGAAGUACGAGGAGAUCGUCUUCCACGAACCGAGGGAGGAGUUCGCGAAGAGGAUCGAAGGGCAC